GCGCGAGCCCUCGGCCGGCGAGGCCCGCGCUCUCUGCCGGGUGAGGUGGGCCCCCGUGAGCCUGCGUCUGUCCUGCAGGUGGUGUGCAAGUACAUUGAAAGUCCUGUCUUGUUCCUUCGAGAAGACGUGGGGAGGGUCAAGUUCGACGUCCGCUACAUCGUGCUUCUGCGCUCGGUGAAGCCCCUGAGGCUGUUCGUGUACGACGUGUUCUGGCUGCGCUUCUCCAACCGGCCUUUCGCCCUCAACGACCUGGACGACUACGAGAAACAUUUCACUGUCAUGAACUACGACCCGGAAGUGGUGCUGAAGCAGGUGCACUACGACGAGUUCAUCCCUGAGUUUGAGAAGCAGUACCCAGAAUUCCCCUGGAGGAGUGUCCAGGCGGAGAUCUUCCGAGCCUUCACGGAGCUGUUCCAGGCGGCGUGUGCUAAGCCGCCACCCCAGGGCCUCUGCGACUACCCCUCGUCCCGGGCCGUGUACGCCAUCGACCUCAUGCUGAAGUGGGACAGCCGUCCAGACGGGCAGCGAGUGAUGCAGCCCCAGAUCCUGGAGGUGAACUUCAACCCGGACUGCGAGCGCGCCUGCCGGUACCACCCCUCCUUCUUCAACGACGUCUUCAGCACCUUGUUCCUGGACGAGCCCAGCGGCUGCCACGUCACCCGCCUGGUGUAGGCGCCCGGCCUCCUGCGCGGGCUCCUGGCGACCGGCCUCGGCUCUGAGCGGCUGCUGCAGAGCCCCCCUCCCCCCGCUGGGCCCAGGCCGCCAGGUCCCGCUCCCCACCCUGGCGCAGGUCCUCCCUGAGCCCGAGAGCCGGCCCAUCACACUGUCCCGGGCCGAGUGCCAGGCGCGGUGUACACCCCCCACCACCUGUGCGGUGUUGCUCAGCUCAGCCCCAGCUUCAUCGCCGAGUUCGGUUCCUGGCGGCCAUGUUUCCGGGGCGUUAGCGAAAGAGGGGUUCUGGGGAGUGUGGUGAGGUGUCCCCAGAAACAAGUUCCCCCAGGAACGCCUGUGGGAGCCCAAACGUCAGCAGGGCCGGCGGCUCUUGUCCAGUCUGUUCAGGUGUCGUGGCUCCCCCAGAGCGGGCUCAGGCUCCCACCCCUCCCCCAGGCCCCGUGUGGCAGGCGUCCCCAGAACAUCUUGGGGGCCCUGCUUGCCAGACCCAGCCCUCUCGCACCCCAUUCUCCCCCACCCCCCCCUCCCCAGAACUGUCACCAGCAAACCUGUGGCCCCAGGGCAGCUGCUGAUGCCUCACCAUCUAGCAGGGGCAGCCGCCCUGCUCCCCGUGGCCCUGGCCUCCCUGGCACUGCAGUGGGCGCCCUCUCUGAGGGUGGGUGGCGCUUGGGCGAGGGGACUUGGGGCGAGGGGAGCAGCGAGGGCAGCAGCGCAGCAGGCAGUGGGCGGCUUCGAGGGAUGAUUCCACCAAGAACUUCGCAUCAGAUGCAUCCUCCACCAGAGUCCAGGGUCAAAACGUCGGAUUAUUGUUACUCUUUCGUUUAUGGGAAGAAAAUACAAAAUUCUCGUUCUUAA